AUGGAAUCUACCAAGAUCAACGCUCGCCGAGUCUGGUCCUCAAUUGUCCGCCAUGCCAAAGAGCACCAUGAGUCGGUCAACGCUGCCGUAGCUGCAUACUACCCUCAGCCAUCGCCUGCCUACACAUCUGGCGGCAAGUCCGCGACAUCCUCUGUCCUGUCAUCUCCACGAUAUUCGUAUGAGAAGCCUCAGUAG